UUCAUACAGCUCAAAUGAACAGUUCGAUCACACAUAGUAGAAAGCCAGGUCUGCUUCAUACACCUGUUGAAGGAAAAAUGUCAAAGCGUGUUGCAGUAAUUCUCUCAGGCUGUGGAGUCUAUGAUGGUACAGAGAUCCAUGAGGCGUCUGCUGUCCUUGUGCACCUGAGCCGUGCUGGAGCAAAAGUGCAGAUGUUUGCUCUGAAUGCAGAUCAGAUGCAUGUUGUAAAUCACUGUGAAGGGAAGCCCACAGAAGAAAAACGGAACAUCCUGCAGGAGAGUGCACGUAUCGCCAGAGGGGAUGUAACUGAUCUGACCAAGUUAGAUGUGUCAGCAUUUGAUGCCCUCAUCAUCCCAGGGGGAUUUGGUGUGGCCAAAAACCUAAGUGACUGGGCAGUGAAGAAUAAGGACUUCACUAUCCAGUCACAAGUAGAAAAGCUCAUCAAGGAUUUCCACAAAGCUGGAAAGCCGUUGGGCAUGUGCUGCAUCUCCCCCAUCCUUGCUGCCAAGCUCCUGCCUGGCUGUGAGCUCACUGUGGGCCAGGACAAAGAGUGUGAAAAGUGGCCGUAUGCGAAGACAGUUGGUGCUCUGAAGGAGAUGGGCUGCAAACAUAUGAAUAAGGAUGUGAAGGAGGCUCAUGUUGAUGCUAAAAAUAAGCUGGUCACCACCUGUGCCUUUAUGUGCAAUGCUCCUAUGCAUGACAUUUUUGAUGGAAUCGGUGUCAUGGUUAAAGAGACACUUAAACUGGCUUAAGAAUAAACAGCAUUUGGAUUACUUGAAAUGAUUUACUUUAAAACCAUUGUCUGUGCUCUUAUUUACAUGCACUGUAUUUAAAAUCAAUUUAUAAUCACAUAUUCCAUCCCUUAUCUGUCAGUGUGUUUUGGAGUGUUCAAUAAAAGUGUGCUUCAUCUU